AUGCGCCAGCCCUUGGCGCUACGAAGGACGUGCUGGCGCCCAUUUCGGGUGCCUGCAACCUGCCCGCGCCACGAGAACAAAGGAAAGAAAAUUCGAAUCAAGCUUGUUAUGCUUGUUUGGCGAUUCCAAGUUAAUUUUUGGCUGGGCAGACGCAGCUGUUUGUUCCACUGUCCGAGGUAG